ACACAUACAUACCCAAAAGCACAAAUCCUUCUUCUCUCUAAUCUAUCUUUCUUUCUUUCUCUCUUUUCUCUGUUCUUCUGUGUCAUUCUGUAAAGUGAACAAGGAAGAAAACGGCCCAUUUCAGUGUUUUCUUUCUCUAGAGAAAAAGAGAGAUCCUUUUCUUUAUAUUUUUAGAUAAUUUUAACUGUUUAUUUAUUUUUGAUUGAGAAACAGUGUUAUCCGUAUUACUGUUUUUUCUUUCUUCUUCUUUUCUUUAUCUGCAUAAAUUUAAUUAUUGUGCAGAGUACAGAGAAAGAGAGAGACCCAUCAAUAUAGAUUAUAACAACAAGUAUGUUCACCACUAAUACCCUUCUUCUUUCUCUCUUUCUUCAAAGAUAGAGAUGGGUUAGAUUAGCAGCAACCAAAUUUUCUUUCUUUCUUUCUUUCUUUCUUUUUUUCUUUCUUUCUUUCUUUCUUUCUGUCUGUCCGAGAGAGAGCUGUUCUAGUAGUAGUAGCACUGCUGUAACUAACAGAAGACAGGCAGGGCUAGAGAUAAUAAUCAAUGUAAUAGAGAGGUCUGUAAUGAAUAAUAAUUUACUACUGGGUUAAUUUUAGCUUAUAGGUUUGUGUAAUGGAAUUUGGUGAAGACUUGGAUGGCAAGGUAUUUUCAGAAAAGGUUUCAUCAGUGUUGUGGGAAAAACAGCAACAGAAAGAGAAAGAACAACAGAAGAACAAGUCCAGGUUCAGCUUUGGGGAAUCAUCAUAAAUCAAAAACUGGAAGAGGACACCAACAGCAACAGGAGGAACAACAAGGGUCUGAGUCUGGAUCCUCAGAGGAAUCAUCAGCAUCAUCAUCAGCAGCUUCAGUCACAUCUUCAUAUUCAUCGAGAAGAAGAAGAGGAAGAACAAGAAGAAGAGGAAGAAGAAGAACAAGAACAACAUGGGUUUCAUCAUCAAAAUCUCCAACAGCAGCAGUAUCUUAUCUACGGAAGAGGAGAACAGCAGAUUUCAGAAGAACCUAUAAACAGCCAACCACCACAACAAAACCCACCAAAAAAAAGAUCUUACUUUCCUUUUUCUACAGCUUCUGGUUCUACUUCAACUUUUCCAAAUAAUAGUAGUGAAUAUGCUAGAUUCGGAGAGAAAAUGGGAGAAACUCAGAACCGCUCUUCAACUAGUAGACUUGGAUUAUUGAGAGGGAGUGGUGGUGGAGGUGAGAUUAUUGAAGUACAAGGUGGCCACAUUGUAAGAUCUACAGGAAGAAAAGAUAGACAUAGUAAAGUAUGCACAGCAAAAGGUCCAAGAGAUCGAAGAGUUCGUCUUUCAGCUCAUACCGCUAUUCAGUUUUAUGAUGUUCAAGAUCGUUUGGGUUAUGAUAGACCUAGCAAGGCUGUUGAUUGGCUCAUUAAAAAAGCUAAAUCUGCUAUUGAUGAACUUGCUGAGCUUCCACCAUGGCAUCCUACUGCUACCAUGCCUACUCCCAAUACUUUAAACCCUUCUUCUAAAUCAUCAGAACAGCGACAAAUUGAAGAAGACGAGGAAGAGAAUCAAUUGAGGAGCAGAGGCAAUCAAAAUGAGCAGGGAGGAUUUCUUGGUUCAUCAAGUAAAACUAGCAGACAAGUUGGUGGUGUUGAACAAAGUGGUAGAUAUAUGUUUCUUCAAAAUCAACAAGAGCAACAACAACAUCAACAGAACAACAGUUUUCUUCCUCCUUCUCUGGAUUCUGAUUCCAUUGCCGACACUAUAAAAUCUUUCUUCCCAAUGGCUACUUCUUCGUCUUCAAUUCAUUUUCAAAAUUACUCGUCUCCACCUGAUCUUCUCUCUAGAACUAAUAGUCAAACUCAAGAUCUUCGUCUCUCUUUACAGUCAUUUCAAGAUCCGAUGUUUCAUCAGCAUCAUCAUUCUCAACAUCAGCAGCAUCACCAUUCGAAUACUUCGUCUGAACAACAACAUGCCCUUUUCUCUACUGCAUUUGAUACUAGUGGUGGUGGCGGUUCGACCAAUGCUUGGUCUGAACAGCAAAUGCAGGAAAUGGGUAGGUUUCAGAGAAUGAUAGCUUGGAACCCUAAUACAGAUUCAAGUGGAGGAAAUGGUAAUGGAAGUGGAAGUAGCAGCGGUGGAUUUAUGUUCAAUUCACCACCGCAGCAACAACAACAACCACAACCAUCAUCAUCACAACAGGCUGUUCAACAAACUUUGUUUGGUAACAGCCCAAAUCCAUUUUUUUCACAGAGGGGACCCCUUCAGUCCAGUAACUCACCUUCUUCGAUUCGUGCUUGGAAUAAUACUACCGAUCCGUCCAUGGUUAGCGAUGAUAAUCAACACUAUCAGAAUCUUAAUUCAUCGAUUCAUCAUCAUCAACAAAUGCAACAACCAUUUGCUUCCGGUGGAUUUGGUUUUCGCAUUCCAGCACGAAUUCAAGGUGAAGAGGAGCAUGACGUUGGUGCAUCACACAAGCCACCGUCCUCUGCUUCUCGCCAUUAAGUGAAUCACUUUCCGAAAAAUAUCAUUCCUUUCUUCAUCCUUCAGGGUUCUCCGUUUCCAAUUAAGGAGGACAUUACUAGUUCGAGAGGAUAUUUUGCUUUGUAUGAAGAGGAAAGAAGAAGAUUUUUUCGGUGUUUCACUCGUAUUUACUUACUACAACCGUGGGAAAGAAGAGUUAUCUGUUGUUACUUACUUAGAAUAUCAGGUGCUUCUAUUCCCCGGUUGUUCUGUUGUUGUUUUAAUUUUAAUUAUUCUCAUGCUCUUUUUAGGGAGUUUUUAUUUGCUGUAUCAGGCUAGCUCUUUGAGCUCAACAUUGUUUCAUCUUUUGUUGGAUUGUUUUGUUUAAUCUUUCUUUCUACUACUGCUAAAUUUGGAUUGUUAUGGAUUUAUUUUUACUUU